AUGAAAGAAAUUUGGGGUCGACCUAAGGAACUUCCACGGAUUGAGAUUAAACUCGAUGACAAUGGGAUCCCAAUAAGUGAGAAAACCUCUUUCUCUGAAUUCUUGGGCAGUUUGGCUAGGAAUGGUAUGUAUUGUCCAAUAGAUGUUGAAACAUGGCUUAAGAUGCCAAGGAAACUUAAAAUGGACAUGUUAGAAGUGAUAAAGGAAAGAUUUGCUUUGCCUAUGGGACUGAAAGCUUGGACCUUAAGAUCUAUUGACAAAAAAUGGAGAAGUUGGAAGGCAGAUUUAAAGGCUAACUAUUUUGAUCCUGCCGUGCCAAAUGCUGAAGCUCGGUUUCAAAAGGACAUAAGGGUACGGGAAGAGCAAUGGAUCAAACUUUGGGCUUAUUGGAAAAGUGAAGAAGCAAAGGCUAAACAGUUGGGAAAACCUCCUACUAGAGUAGAAAUGUUCAAUAAGUUUUAUACCCAUGCCGAUGGAACUCCAUCAAGUACCAUAGUUGCUGAGAAUUUGGAAAAAAUGACUGAGCUGAAAAAUCAGCUUCCAUCGGAUUCGCAAGAUCCAGUUGGUCGCGAUGAUAUAUUUGCCCAGGUGGUUGGGCAAGACAAACAUGGUCAUGUUCGCUUGUUUAGUGACGGUGUGAAUCCAACAGACUUAUGGGAAAACAUUCCUAGUUGCAACACAUGCUACCGUAUAAGUGUUCAACAACAGUCAACAUUGGUCUUUUUGGAGGAAAGACUUCAGCGACAAGGUGAUGAAAUAGACAGCUUGAAGAAAAUGGUUUUAGUUCAACAUGGAAGGGGCUCUCCAAUUGACAGCCCGAGACAUCCUUCAUCAUCAUCUAACAAUGUGUCAAGCCAUGCUCCAUCGCGAGCCACGCGACCUAUUCGAGUAGGGAAUAUGAUUUCACUAAAAAGUUUGUUUGACCCAACAAAAAUCGUGGCAAAGGGAUAUUUACGGAGUAUGAAUCCAUUGGAUGAGGUCGGGGGACAAGCUCUUGGGCCAAACUGGUGUGAAAUACAGAUACAAGUUGCAAUGACUCCACGUGAGCAAUUGAUUAGACCAUAUGAUUUACAACAAACAAUUCAAGAUGCACUCGGUGCACCAGUUGCUCGGUGGAACCAGCUGAAGAAUGAUGGGGACUUCGUGGUUAUGCCUGAGGACUCUCAACAAAAUGGAAAGUUUGGAAGCUACUUCUACUUCUUUCAACUUAUUAGGGAUGAGAGUUUUUAUUUUGUGCUUCCGAUAGAGCUUUCAAGUUAUUGUAAAUAA